UGGUUAUAAAUAUUUUCUUAAAAUAUGAUAGAUGGCGUACUUGAGCUAUUUUUUUGUGAAGUUAAAAUUAAUUGGUUAUAUUAAUAACUCAGAAUUAUCGUUUAAUUCUAAAUUUAGGUUUAAAACUACUCGUGCGUUUCGCCCUUUUUAAAGCGGGAAUGAAUGUUCGAUACGUCAAUGCAAAUGGAAUGAAAUUUUGUUACGCUGAACGUGGAAUAGUCGGAAGAGAAGCGACUAUUGUUUUCUUGCACGGCUUCUCUUCUAGUAAAGAGUGGUGGCUGCCAAUUGUUCAGUAUUUUCCAUCCGAAACACACAUUAUACUUUUGGACAUACCUGGGCAUGGCUCGACGGAUAUACCCUCAGACUUACAGCAAGUUAAGGAAGAAGGUUAGGCCUAACGAACAAAAAAUUAAUUAAGAAUAAGUCAUAACAAUAGGGUAAAAAAACGUGAUUGAAGGGGGUGGGAGGAGGGGGGAGGAAGAGAUUGAGGCUAUAAAAAAGACAUAAAGGAAAAGAAGAGAAAAUAUUUUAGAGAUCACAAUCUUAAUUAAAACUAGAAUCAUAGCUACGACGCCUAAUUCUGAUGAUGACGAUUAUAAUGAUAACAAUGAAGAUAAUGACAAAAAUGAUAGCCAUAUGUAUAAAGAGAAGUUGACUAUCAUGUUUUCUAAUACAUGAUAUUCCUAAUGGGAUGAAUAGUCAUAAUAUUCCUCCAUAAAGAGUUGACAAAAUACGAUUGUAACUUGAAACUUUAAUUUAACAGCCUUCUAUUAUGAUAGAAAUUCUUCCUCUUUUUUUUCUUUCUUAUUAUUACGUACAAAAUAUGAAAAACCUUCCAAAAAAUAUUAAUUAAAUAAGAAUAGGAUUAUUUUGUUCUCUCUAGGCCUAUUAUAUAUGACAAGGAGGAUAGAUGAUUUCCUAAACUGUAUUCAUAAUAAUAAACCAGUUCAUCUAAUUGGAGUGAGUCUUGGUGGAACUUUAACUGCUCUCUUUGCCAAUCAAUACUCAGAAAAAAUUAAAUUAAUAACCUUAAUUUGCCCUGGAAUGAGGACUCCGAUUGAAACAAAUUUUCAAAAGCAGGUCUUUGAUGACAAACGGUGUUUAUUUAUUGCAGAAAGCGUGCAAGAUAUAAAGGAAAUUGUAAAAAUAACUUUAUACAAAAGCUAUAACAAGGUAAUAUCUGAUACGGUAGCCUAUGCCUUACUUCAGGAUCAGAAGCGUUACAAGCCAUUCCUUAGGGAACUGUUCGAGAGCGUUGUGAAAGAAGAGCAAGAUAUUCGUAUGCAAAACGUUUUCAACAGUUUACGCCAACCAGUUUCCAUAAUUUGGGGAGAAGAGGAUGAGUUGUUCCACGUUUCUGGGGCGUUACAGUUACGUGACUUAUUAACGGAUUGUAGGAGAGUAGAUAUCAUUGGCGAAGCCGGACAUUCGCUUGCUAUAGACGAUCCCAAGCAAGUUGCCCAGGCAAUUCAGAGUUUCCGCUCUGAAUUUGUAAUCAAUAGUCAAAUCUUGUGAAGUUUUUAUUUAGACUAGGGCCCAAAAGAAUGUCUUUUUUUAUUAUCGAAACUCUGUCAGUAAAUUAUAGGAAGAACUUUUCAAUUAGCUUGAAUGUAAGGGAAAUGGAAUAAGAACUAUAUGGAAUGAAUGAUCUACUUUUGCCUACUCGUUUAUCUUUCGUUAUUUAUGAUAUUAAUGGAAAUUAGAUAAGACGAAAUAUUUCAUUCCCCUUAUCUACCACUCUUUUCUUAUCUAACAAACCUAUUGA